CGCGAGGCGUGCUCCGCGGGUGGGCGUGUCCAUUUCCACCCUCUGGCUCUCCAGUCCGGAGAAGAGCUCCUGAAAGUGGAGGCGCCCGACGUCCCACGGGGUCUGGAGGGACAGCCCGGAGAGGCGACUGGACCCCCGAGGCCCCGCGCUCAGGACAGAAUAAAAGACCAAGCUAUGAUAGCAACUGGUGGAGUAAUAACCGGCCUGGCUGCCUUGAAAAGGCAAGACUCUGCCAGAUCACAGCAUCAUGUCAACCUCAGCCCAUCACCUGCUGCCCAAGAGAAGAAACCAGUCAGGCGUCGGCCUCGGGCUGAUGUCGUGGUUGUUCGAGGCAAAAUCCGGCUUUAUUCCCCAUCUGGUUUUUUCCUCAUUUUAGGAGUGCUUAUCUCCAUUGUAGGAAUUGCAAUGGCAGUCCUUGGAUAUUGGCCCCAAAAAGAACAUUUUAUCGAUGCUGAGACAGCAUUGUCAACAAACGAAACUCAGGUCAUUCGGAACCAAGGCAGUGUAGUGGUUCACUUCUUUGAGCAGCAUUUACAUUCUGAUAAGAUGAAAAUGCUCGGCCCUUUCACAAUGGGGAUUGGCAUCUUCAUUUUCAUUUGUGCUAAUGCCAUUCUUCAUGAGAACCGUGACAAAGAAACCAAAAUCAUACACAUGAGGGAUAUCUAUUCCACGGUCAUUGACAUCCACACGCUAAGGAUCAAGGAGCAAAAGCAUAUGAAUGGCAUCUACACUGGUUUGAUGGGAGAAACAGAAGUAAAACAGAAUGGGAGCUCCUGUGCCUCAAGACUGGCAGCAAAUACCAUCGCCUCUUUCUCGGGUUUUAGGAGCAGUUUUCGUAUAGACAGCUCUGUCGAGGAGGAUGAGCUUGUGCUGAAUGAAAGUAAGAGUUUGGGGCAUCUUAUGCCACCUUUGCCCUCUGACAGCUCCAUCUCUGUCUUUGGCCUCUAUCCACCUCCUUCCAAGACAACCGAUGAUAAGACCAGCGGCCCUAAGAAAUGUGAAACCAAGUCAAUUGUGUCAUCAUCCAUCAGUGCAUUCACAUUGCCUGUCAUCAAACUUAAUAACUGUGUUAUUGAUGAGCCCAGCAUAGAUAACAUCACCGAGGAUGCUGAGCACCUCAAAAGUAGGUCAAGGAAUUUGUCGAUGGAUUCCCUUGUGGUCCCUUUGCCCAACACCAGUGAGUCCUUCCAGCCCGUCAGCACGAUGCUCCCACGGAAUAAUUCCGUUGGGGAGUCAUUGUCAAGUCAGUACAAGUCUUCUGUGGCCCUUGGACCUGGAGCUGGGCAGCUCUUAUCUCCUGGGGCUGCUAGAAGACAGUUUGGGUCCAACACAUCCUUGCAUUUGCUCUCGUCACAUUCAAAAUCCUUAGACUUAGACCGGGGUCCCUCCACCCUAACUGUUCAGGCAGAACAACGGAAACAUCCAAGUUGGCCUCGGUUGGAUCGAAGCAACAGCAAAGGGUAUACGAAACUAGAGAACAAAGAGGACCCGAUGGAGAGGUUGCUUGUGCCCCAAGCUGCAGUCAAAAAAGACUUUACCAAUAAGGAGAAGCUUCUUAUGAUUUCACGAUCUCACAAUAAUUUGAGUUUUGAACAUGAUGAGUUUUUGAGUAACAACCUAAAGCGGGGAACCUCUGAAACAAAGUUUUAAUGUUAGAAAAAUAUAUCGUUUUACGAGGCUAUAUAUUUUAAAACUGUUUUCACCAGUGUUUCCUUGUUAAACAUUGGUUGUAAGCCUUUUUAAUCAAAUGGUUUGUAGUGUAUUAGACCUGGCUGCUUAAUUCUCUAAUGGAGAUGGUUGUAUGUUCCGGUUACUUAUGAUUGCAGUAUUCUAUAUUAUCACAUACGAUUUUAUUUUUUCCACUCAUUUGAAAGCUCAUGAUCUCUUUCCACUCAUGACAUUUUUUACUAAUAUGAAUUCAAAAUACUUCACUCUGAAUUAAAGUUCCUUUUCUCUACUUUUAUGUUCUUUCAUUGAUGGUCAUAUUCAUUGGAUGAAAUGUCCAGUUUGGAAAAGGUAGGGUACCAGAUGUGGACUAGAAGUACCAAAUUCUGGCCUAAGAUUCAGUGUGUAUUUAUAAAUGAGUGUAAGUGCAAAUCUUGAUGUGAUUUUCUGAAUAAUUGCUUUUAUAUAGGAUUGAUUAAAUUAUUUAAAAGAAAAAAGAUCUAGCUUUUGUGUGAGCUACAUAAUGAGUUGGUUAAAUUGGUUUAGCUCUUUGUAAACUAAUUGAUAUGAAUUGAUUAAGUUGGUUGUGACUCCUAUCCUGAGCUCUAGAUAGGUAGUAAUUUUUUCAACAUCAAUUCUAUUUGAGUCAUAUUUUAUCAAGAAACCAUGUAUUCAAGAGCCAUGGCUGAGAAUGCCAGAUAUUCUUAGGGGUAAAUAUCAAAAUGCUGUUAGCUAAGGUUUUAGAUAAACAGAAUCAAAAUUUCUUUGCAGCUGACUUGAAAAAUGAAUGAACCAAUAUAGUUUUUAGAAGUGCUAUCUUGAAAUAAUUAUAUCCAU